AUGUUUUGUAUGCAUCUACCAAUAAGUAAUUCUCAUAUUUUUGAAUUAGACAACCUUCAGUAUUUAAGUGAUCCAGAUCAGUUCUAUAAGUUUAUUUGUAAAGGGUUAAAAGAAUCAAAUUAUGCUUAUCUUGCCUGUCUUAAUAUUGGAACAAAUAAUAAAUCAGUUAAAUUGUCUAAGUUAUUAAGAGAGAGAGUUAGAAAAAACAAAUUUACAAAAAUUUUAAUACCAAGUGGAUCAUAUCAUAAGAGUGUUGAAUUAAAAAGACUUAUCAAUGAAAAUGGUUUAAAAAAUAUUAUUGAUCUAGUUGAUACUGAUACUUUAUAUAUACUUCCAAAAAUAGUUAAUGACUUCUUAUCAAUUUUUCAUAUUAAAUGUUUUAUUUUUGAUAAUGAAAUUUUAUUAACAGGAGCAAAUCUUGAUGAUGAUUAUUUCACUAAUAGAGUUGAUAGAUACAUCAUCGUUAAAAAUGAUAAACUAAAGAAGUUUAUUAUUGAGGAAAUAUUUAAAAUUAACAUGAACAUUGAAAUGUUUAAAUUAACUAAUAAGGUUGAUUUAAACUUAAUUAAUCAAAAAAUAAUUUGUAUACCAUUUAGGGAAAGUAAUGAACUUAAUUUGUUGAAAUAUCUUUUUGAAUUAAAUUACAGUAAACUGACUGUUUCAUCAGCUUAUUCUAAUUUCCCAGUUGAAAUAAUCAAUAUUUUAAAGAACAAGGAAUUUAAUUUGUAUACACCAUCACCUAGUAUAAACAUCUACCAAAAUUUUGGAAUAUUUAACAAAGUUGUUACUAAUAUUUAUUCUUAUUCAAAUUAUUACGUCUUGUCAAAAUGUAAGAAAGUAAAUUUAUAUGAGUACAACAGAAAAAACACUUCUUUUCAUAAAAAAGGUAUUUGGAUGAGAUAUAAAGAUUUAGCAAUUAUGAUUGUGGGCAGUUCUAAUUAUAACUGUAGAAGUAUUUAUAAGGAUAAAGAAAUGAGUUAUGUGUUGUUUAGUAAAAACAGUGGUGUAAUUAAUACGUGGGAAGGAGAGUUAAAAGAUGUAAAAAAAUAUAGUGAGAAAAUAAGUUUAAAAACUGCAAGUAAAAGACACUUUUACAUUCUUACAGUAAUUGUUUUUUAUUUACUAACUAACUAUUUAUAA